AUGGGUCGACGGUUGAAUCAACAAUUGGAUUGCAGUGUCUACUCAGUAGGCUGGCUUUGUGCCAAUACAGCGGAGGCCAAUAUCUCUCGGAGGUUCUUGGAUGAAGAAUAUGCACCACCGACACUACAGCCAAGGGACGAGAACGGCUACAUUGUUGGGCGGAUGGGGAAUCACUAUUUGGUGAUCGCCUUUCUCCUUGUCGAAUCUUCUGGCCCAGUUUCCCUCGCACACACAGUGGCGCAUAUGACUCGGACGUUCUAUAAUAUCCGAUUCGGAUUGAUGGUGGGCACUGGAGGAGGAGCGCCUUCAGCACCUCAUCCUACCAAUCCAUUAAAUGAUAUUCGACUUGGCGAUGUUGUGGUCAGUCAGCCCAACCAAGCUCACGGUGGGGUGUUGCAAUACGACAAGGGCCGGUGGAAUGGUGAUGGUGCUAUGGCAGCUCUCCAAUCAGAUCGUCAAUUAGGGUUUGAUAGAAUGAUGGAUUACUUCCAGAGCGCGGCCACAAAAUUUAGCAAGUCAGCAGCACCGGAAUUUCGCUUCCCUGGUCGUGACCUGGAUCGGCUAUACAAACCAUCUCAUUCACACAAAGGGAAGGAGGGGACUGACUGCUCAGCCUGUGGAACAGCUGCAUUAGAACAGCGACUUGAGCGUCGAUCAAAUCACCCUGCUGUGCACUAUGGUCUCAUAGCAUCGGGCAAUGCUGUCAUGCGAUCUGCUGCCCAUCGCGAUCGUCUGAGAAACACAUGGGGCGUACGUUGCUUCGAAAUGGAAGCUGCGGGACUUGGGAACAGAUUUCCAUGCGUCAUUAUCAGGGGGAUUGGCAACUAUUCUGAUGACCAUAAAAAUGACCAUUGGCAGGACUAUGCGACGGCGACGGCAGCUGCUUAUGCGAAAGAUCUCUUGCGAGUCGUGCAACCCUGA